AUGGAAAUUCAAUCGCUGUUAGAUCCAUCGGUCUGGAGAUACUGCCCUGGACCACAGAACCCGGCUGAUGUACCCACUAGAGGAAUGUCUUCGAAUGAAUUGAAAGAAAGUCGGUUAUGGUGGGAAGGACCUGCCUGGUUGAGAAGUUCGGAAGAAGAAUGGCCAAAGGAUCUACGAUCGGCAUCUUUAAAUGAACAUGUUGAGCUUGAGAGAAAGCAUCAAGCCAGUAUCAAUAGUUGUGUCAGUCUACCGGUUUGCUUCGUGUUGGUGGCCGAAUCCAUAAAGCUGAGUUGCCCGAGAAGGAAAAACAUCCCAUUAUUUUACCUAGUGAUCAUCCUGCUGUUGAAUUAUUUGUUCAAGCUAUUCACCGUCGUGAAAUGCAUGCUGGCGUUAAGCAUACAUUGUCAGUGGUCCGUCAAAGAUUUUGGUUGAUAAAAGGAAGAGCUACAAUCCGCAAAAUCGUAAAGAGAUGUAUAGUGUGUCGUCAGUUUUACACCAAGCCUGUCUCUCGACAAAUGGCAUCUCUUCCAGCUGACCGAAUUGUACCUGCACCUCCAUUCACAAACGUUGGUUUGGACUUUGCUGGACCUUUGUAUCGUAAGAACCGUGGUGAAAAGGCAUAUAUUUGCCUUUUUACUUGUGCUGUCACUCGUGCAGUACGCUUAGAAUUGGUAAGCAACAUGACAACUGAACGGUUUUUGCUGGCGUUACGACGUAUGGUUGCGAGAAGAGGCAUGUGUAGUAUUAUUUGGUCAGAUAAUGCAAAAACGUUCAAAUGUGCUAAAAAAAGAGUUACAGAGUUGUUGGCGAAUCCUGGAAUCCGAAGAAACCCGUACACCUUUGUCUGAGAAGAAGAUUCAAUGGAAAUUUAUAGUACCCAGAGCCCCUUGGUGGGGUGGAUUUUAUGAACGUCUCGUGAAAAGUGUUAAGUUGGCGCUGAAGAAAAUCUCUUUGGAAAUGCAAUGUUAUACGCCGAGCAAAUGACCACCAUUCUGACGGAGAUCGAGGCUCGAAUUAACAGUCGUCCUCUUACUUACAUUGGAGCUGAACCAGAUGAUUUAAAGGCCCUUACGUCAGCCCAGAUUCUCAUUGGGAGAAAUUUACAGGCGUUUCCAACAAAGAUACGAAAGUUACGGAGCACACUUCCAACGCCUUAAAGAAACGAUUACAGUAUCAUCAACGUUUGGUAAAUGGAUUUUGGAAGCGAUGGAAUGCGGAAUAUCUUAAGUCGGUAACCUCUUUGAAGAAAUGGAUCGAUAUUGGUCGAAAAAUGCAUGUUGGCGAUGUAGUACUCGUAAGUGAGGAUAAUGUUCCAAGAGGACAAUGGCAGAAAGCCCGUGUUGAGGCAACGCAUGAAGGAAGAGAUGGUCUGAUCCGAUCUGUAACGUCACGUUUGCCCUCAGGCCGCUAUACCCGUCGUCCUGUACAAAGACUACACGUGUUAGAAACUUGUGAUGCUGACAUAGCAGCAGGUCUAAAGUAA